CUCGAUUGUGAUGAUCCACCAAAAUAGCGAAAUGCUUCAUUGUACAAACCUGGGCGUAAUAAACUUACCUAGGUAGGUUGAAUAUUCAUACUUAAGUACGUACCCAAAUUAUAAAAAGCAACCACAUGGCUGGGUCAAUUAGCGCUAUUCGAGUAAUGCAUAAACGCAAACUUCCCGCCAAAUUUCAUUUCGAAGCUUUUUCUUUCAAUUGUGCAAUAACCCGUAUCAACUAGGAAUUUUCAUCUGAAAACUUCACAAUAUCUAAAACCAACUUUACGGAACGAGCACAGGCACACCUGCUAAGGAAUAUCUCACGAGAUAUACAACAUAAGAAUAUCAAGAUAGUCGUUGGAGAGUGCGCGAUUGCUGGUGCUCGCAUGUCAACUCACAACGUCAUGGGUCUUCCAUACCAAUGUGUGACUCGACUCGGACAGAGCUCCAUCCUCUGUGCUGCUAAGGGAACCGACAUCCACACAUUCGAUCUUGAUUCUAAUUCCUCAUUCCUCUCAUCUUGGACCCAUCCCUCCGUGAAGGAAGUCGGAAAUAGUGAGCCUCAAGGAACCGUUCCAGAAGAUCAAGAUAUUGAUGAACAUGAGAAUGGUCAGCCUCCGUCAAAGAAGCGUAAACUGAGCUCGGAUGAGAGGCCAAGCGUCGAGGGAGAAAAUGGCAAGGCUGACAUCGAAGCAGUAGAAGGUGUUGCAACAGCAAAUGGGAAGAAAGGAAAGAAGCAAAAGUCCGAGUCUAGUAGUCAACGGCCAGAAUUACCAUUCGUCAUUCUCUUAACGGCUACUGAAGAUGGAAGUCAUAUAGUUGUCGUGACGGGACAAGAUAAAACAUUAUGGGUGCUUGAGCAUGACGGAAAAGGUGUACUGAAGGAAAUCAGUCAAAGAGCCAUGCCCAAGCGCCCUAGUUCUAUCGCUAUCACCACGGACGGAACCACUAUUCUAUCCGCCGACAAAUUCGGAGAUGUCUACUCCCUCCCCCUAAUCCCUUCAGCUGCGGCUGUACCAGAAGCCUCUUCUAACACCUCUACACCCGCCCCUGGCUCCACCCCUACUCUAUCCAGCACACCAACCCCAAGCUCAACCUUUAAGCCUGCUGCAAAUCGCUUCACCGUGCACUCAAAGCGCAACCUCCGAGCACUCGAGGAACAAGAACGCGUCCUAGCAAGCCGCACCCUAGACGCCCCCCGUAAGGACGGUCCAGCAUUCGAGCACGAGCUAAUACUCGGCCACGUAUCAAUGCUUACUGCCUUAGCUAUCGCUACUCCCCCUUCUUCAAGUAGUAGUGGAAAGCCGUGGUAUAUCAUCACAGCGGACCGGGACGAACACAUCCGCGUCUCGCGCGGGAUCCCACAGGCCCAUAUCAUUGAGAAUUACUGUUUAGGCCACGAGGCUUUCCUCAGCGCCCUCGUUAUACCGCCUUCCCGACCCGAACUUCUAGUUUCUGGGGGUGGUGACGAUGAAUUAUUCCUAUGGAAUUGGAAAGAAGGCCGGCUGCUUAGCAAGACAGAUCUCUUGGACCAGGUGAAAAAAGUGACACCUGACACGAAUAAAAUCGCUGUGUCGAAGUUGUACUCGUAUGAUGUGGACGGAAGUUGCUAUGUAUUAGCAACCUGCGAAUUGGUAUCAGCAAUCUUCAUCUUCCAACUCACCAAGGACAACGUUCUCCAACACGCACAAACCCUGGAUCUACCUAGUAACCCCUUAGAUGCUGUUACCGUCCCCAAAUCCGAAGGAACUUCUCAAUUAGCCGUGGCGGUUGAUCUGACGGUAGGAGAAGAGGCACAGUCGCUCCUAUUGUUCGAACGAGACGAGACAGGAAGCUGGGUUCAUAAAGGAGACAUUGAAAGCGUGGUCGAUGGGAACCAUGACCUAUCUCGGGAAGAACUAGACAAUAUCCUCUACCCAGUCGGUAAACUGCGGAAGACCGAAUUUGAGGAUGACGUGGAGGGAUGAUAGUCUUACCAUAUUAUAACUAGAGGUUAUUUCUACCCCAAAUCUACGCAGAUUUCUACAAAGUUUCUGAAGCAAACUAGUUAGCAAUAUGGCAUUGCGGGAGCAACAGAUCAUACCACCAAGACACAUUUACGUGACUACACAG